AGAAACAAGAAGCCAUGGCCGCCAUGACCGUCUCUGCCGUCUCUGUGCGCACCAUCGCCGCGCCCAAGCGCGUCGCCGUUCGCAAGGCCGCCGCCUCCCGCGCGCAGGUUCGCGUCUGCGCGUCCGCGUCCGUUCCCGCGAAGGUCAAGGCCGCCGUGGAGAAGGCCGCCGUCGCGGGAUCCCUCACCCUCCUCGCCGCCGCCCCCGCGCACGCGUCGCAGACGGACGAGGUUGUCGGAUUCCUCAAGGCUUUCCUCGAGUUUCGCACCAAGGAUCCCACCUCGUUCCUCCUCCUCACCGUGGCGCCCAUCCUGGUCCCGUACGCCAUCUUCUCCGUUCUCGUGGGAAAGAAGGAGGUUCGGAGGAAGGAGGAGCUCGCGGCCGGCGGCUGGGACAAGUUCAUGGCGGAGCGCGGCCUGGACAUCGACACCCUCAAGCUGCCCCAGCUCAACGCGUUUGCAAUCGCCGCCGAGAAGGACCUCCUCGACGACGAGAUGGUGCGGGAGUUCGUCAGGCAGGUGGAGCUCUCGGAGAAGUGGAAGAAGUCCACCAUCGACGUCGCGGACCCUCGGCUGGAGAGCGCCAAGCGCCGCGCCAGGGCGGAGAAGAUCCUCGCCCUGAAAGAGGAGCGAGCCAAGCAGGAGGCGUCCGCAAACAACUGAGGGAGCGACGGAGGACGGGUGAGACAUCUUAAGAGUAGCAGCCAACAACGACAAGCUUGUUUAACACGUAUCAUCAUAUAAUAUCA